CGACUCCGCGGCAGCCGGGAGCCUCCCGGGCCGCGGCCCUAGGCUCUCGGCCCGCCCAGCCCCGCCCGGCCCGCCCGGCCCGCCCGGCCCGCCCGGCCCAGCGCGGCCGCCCGGCGGAGAGAGGCAGCCCGCCUCCCCGCGUCCGGAGUACCGCGCCCCGCCGCCGCCGCCCGCCGCCCGGGGGCCGGGGCCCCCGCCCGCCCGCUUGCCCGGCCCCGCGUCCCGGCCCCGGCCCCGGCCCCCGCGUCCCGGGCCAUGCGGCCUCGGCCCCGCCGGCGCCCGCCGCGCUCCCGGGGAGAUGAGGCUCCGCAAUGGCCCCUUCCUGACGCUGCUGCUCUGCUGCCUGUGCGCCUUCCUCUCGUUGUCCUGGUACGCGGCGCUCGGCGGCCCCAAAGGCGAUGUGGUGGACGUGUACCAGCGUGAGUUCCUGGCGUUGCGGGACCGCCUGCACGCGGCUGAGCAGGAGAGCCUCAAGCGCUCCAAGGAGCUCAACCUGGUGCUGGACGAGAUCAAAAGGGCCGUGUCUGAGAAGCAGGCGCUGCGUGAGGGCGGCGCAAACCGCACCUGGGCCCGCCUGACCGAGGACCUGCGGCUGAAGCCCUGGAAUGCCUCGCAGAAGCACGUGCUGCACCUGCCCACCAUCUUCCACCACCUGCCACAUCUGCUGGCCAAGGAGAGCAGCCUGCUGCCCGCGGUGCGUGUGGGCCAGGGCCGCACCGGAGUGUCCGUGGUCAUGGGCAUCCCCAGCGUGCGGCGGGAGGUGCACUCCUACCUGACAGACACGCUGCACUCGCUCAUCUCCGAGCUGAGCCCUCAGGAGAAGGAGGACUCGGUCAUCGUGGUGCUGAUUGCUGAGACUGACCCCCAGUACACCUCCAUGGUGACGGAGAACAUCAAGGCCAUGUUCCACUCUGAGAUACAUUCUGGGCUCCUGGAGGUCAUCUCACCUUCCCCCCACUUCUACCCUGACUUCUCCCGCCUCCGAGAGUCCUUCGGGGACCCCAAGGAGAGAGUCAGGUGGAGGACCAAACAGAACCUUGACUACUGCUUCCUCAUGAUGUAUGCACAGUCCAAAGGCAUCUACUACGUGCAGCUGGAGGAUGACAUUGUGGCCAAGCCCAACUACCUGAGCACCAUGAAGAACUUUGCGCUGCAACAGCCCUCAGAGGACUGGAUGAUCCUGGAGUUCUCCCAGCUGGGCUUCAUUGGGAAGAUGUUCAAGUCUCUGGACCUGAGCCUGAUUGUGGAGUUCAUCCUCAUGUUCUACCGGGACAAGCCCAUCGACUGGCUCCUGGACCACAUUCUGUGGGUGAAGGUCUGCAACCCCGAGAAGGACGCGAAGCACUGUGACCGGCAGAAGGCCAACCUGCGGAUCCGCUUCAAGCCCUCACUCUUCCAGCACGUGGGCACCCACUCCUCGUUGGCCGGAAAGAUCCAGAAGUUGAAGGACAAGGACUUUGGGAAGCAGGCGCUGCGGAAGGAGCAUGUGAACCCGCCGGCCGAGGUGAGCACCAGCCUCAAAACCUACCAGCACUUCACCCUGGAGAAGGCCUACCUGCGUGAGGACUUCUUCUGGGCCUUCACGCCGACUGCAGGCGACUUCAUCCGCUUCCGCUUCUUCCAGCCGCUGCGUCUGGAGCGUUUCCUUAUCUGCCAAGUGGGGCUCCUGGUGAUGGCUGCCUUGUUAAGACUCUGCAGUGCGUGUCCCCUCUGUGUCUGCCAGCACCCCCACAGCCCUGGCAGCUCAGGCGUGUCUGCCUGCAGGUUCUUCUUCCGCAGUGGCAACAUCGAGCACCCAGAGGACAAGCUUUUCAACACGUCUGUGGAAGUGCUGCCCUUCGAUAACCCCCAGUCUGACAAGGACACACUACAGGAGGGCCGCACAGCCACCCUGAGGUACCCACGGAGCCCCGACGGCUACCUUCAGAUUGGCUCCUUCUACAAGGGUGUGGCGGAGGGCGAGGUAGACCCGGCCUUUGGGCCUCUGGAAGCCUUGCGCCUCUCCAUCCAGACAGACUCUCCGGUGUGGGUCAUUCUGAGUGAGGUGAGGGGUUGGGCAGGCCGACUAAGCCCGGGGCUUCCGAGGGUGUGCUUCCCAGGGCCCUGAGGCCCACACCCCCCCAGGCGUGGCAUGUGGUACCAGGGCUGCCCCUGGAGGGCCAGGCACCACUGCCUCAGCCUGAGGGGUUCAGCCUGAUGACCCCUUGGCCGGCCUGGGGUCACUGCUGGCCCGGAGGCCCCAGAAGCUGGUGCUGCCCUGCCCGCCGGGCCGUGGUCCCCACACUGUGCCUGAGGCCGGCCCGUCUGGCCGGAACUGUUCACAGCUGGCCGCUGGAGCCAGGCUGUUUGAGAAGAGCUUUCUCCUGGGUGCCCGCUGCCCCGGCGCGAACACUGGAAUGCAUAUACUACUUUAUGUGCUGUGUUUUUUAUUCUUGGAUACAUUUGAUUUUUUCACGUAAGUCCACAUAUACUUCUAUGAGAGCGUGACUUGUAAUAAAGGGUUAAUGAAG